AUGCUGAAUCUUUUAAUAUGUGGCAGUGGCGGCAGUACUUUUCAUCAUGAAGAAGAUCAAGGAGACCCAUGGAACAAUAGUCCUUGUUCAUCACCAACAAAAGCAAGAAAGAAUAGGAGGAACAACAGAAACCCAUAUUCCAGUCGUGGGCUCGACAAGUUUUCUGCACUUUUAAAUGAUCUUGAAGAGAAGAGGAACAAGAUUUACUCACAAAUGGACUCCCGAGAUAUCUCUAUGGUGCGCUUUGUGUACUCGAACUCAAAUGAUUGCGUUCCAAUUGUGGUAAAGUCCAAGACCAACAAGGAAGGCAAAACUAAGACCAGGGAUGGGAAAGAAGACGAAGAGAUCACACUGUUUGAGAUCUCAGACGCUGAUUCGAAACAAGUGAAGCAGCCAGAAAUAUCGGAACCCAAAGAAAAGCGUAAGAAGAAGAGGGUUUUAUGGGACAUGAAGUUGGAUAAAUGGAGGCGGCCAUCUUACUAUCUGCCAGCUAUUAUAAUCUUGAUUUUGCUGCUAUUGACUAUGUUUGGAAGAACUUUUGCAAUACUUUGUACCUGUCUAGGGUGGUACAUAGUCCCUACCUUGAAGGAGAGCUCAAACACAGAAAGGUCAACAAAGAAGAAAGAUUAUGUCAGAAAAUUGAGCGAGAAGAAGAUGGUGAUCAAGGAGAACAGUAAAGAAUAUAUGAGAAGCAUUUCUGGGGUUGUGGAAGGCAAGUCAGCGCCACAUCACAGUCAUCAGAAAAGCUGGUGA